AUGGCUUCGGAAUAUCUCUAUCCACCCAAACCCGCUCCUGCGCUGAAUAUCCCUCCUGGCGCCUCCGUCAAGGUCCAGAUCAUCAACACUUCCGCGACCAUCACGGCUCCCGUUGGAGUUUUCAUGUACCCUGAGAUACGCGGCCAUGAACUUCUCCACGUGCCGGCAUUCAGUUUUCUAGUCGAGCAACCAUCUUCCGGUCGGAAGAUCCUGUUCGACCUGAGCUGUCGGAAGGACUGGCAGAAUUUCCCUCCAGCAGUCAAGAAGGUCAUAAGCGGGCCCGGAUGGAAACUUGACAUCCCAAAAUCGGUAUCCAAGAUUUUACAGGAGAAUGGCGUUGAUGCCGCGGCGGGCGCAAUCGAGGCUAUUGUCUGGAGUCAUUGGCAUUUCGAUCAUACCGGCGAUCCCAGCCUUUUUCCUACCAGCACCGCCGUGAUUGCUGGACCGGGGAUAAAAGAGGCCUUUCUGCCGGGAUACCCGACAAAUCCCGAGUCACCUCUUCUAGAAAGCGACCUCAAAGGAAGAGAGCUCAAAUCACUUGACUUCGAGAAUUCACCGACCCUCAAGAUUGGUCAAUUCCGGGCUUUGGACUACUUCAAUGACGGCUCGUUCUACCUGCUUGACGCGCCGGGCCACGCAGUCGGGCAUGUUUGUGGCCUGGCCAGGGUGACCUCAACUCUCGAGGGCGACAAGGAAGAUACCUUCAUCUUUAUGGGGGCCGAUACGGCUCACCACGGUGGCGAGUUUCGGCCGUCAGAAUAUUUGCCGCUCCCCAAAUCUAUCCAGCCAUCUCCUUUCAGCAGCAAGUAUCCAAGUUCCUGCCCGGGUCACAUUUUUGAGCCAGUACACCCAAGUGGAAAGGGGUCCGAGCCUUUCUACCGGCUCCAGGAUAAGGUACCACACAGCCUCGAACAAGCCGAGCAAAGUUGUAGCCACAUGCAGGAGUUUGAUGCUGCGGAAAAUGUGUUUGUCAUCAUAGCGCAUGAUGCGACCCUACUGGACGAUCAAGUCGGGAUUGAGUGGUUCCCACACGGAACUCUCAGGAAUUGGAAAGAGAAAGGUUGUGCCAAAAGAGCUCGCUGGGCUUUUCUGAAGGACUUCACACAAGCCGUUGAUGAAGCGGAGGCAAAGUCGCAGUCAUCUCUGUGA